ACCUGGUCCAUUUCAGCCAAGUCUGUCCCCCGGGCUCCCAGUUCCUCCAGCGCCAACGCUGCUCUUCAUUACCCUGCUCCAUUCGGCUUUUUACAGACCUAAACCAGCUUUGACACUUUGACAGGAAAGCUUUACCCAUAUUUUGAUUUGACGAACAACAACCCACUCCAACAUUUAUCCAUUUCUUCACUUGACGCGUGUUUGGAUAUUUUUCUGCAAAAGUUGUUAAUAAAGCAUUUUUUUCCCUGCAAACUGCGAGAGGAUUGUGAAAUAUCCGAAACUUUUAUUUUUUCUCUUUGACUUUUUGACCGGGAUGCUGAGCGGUCAUGAUAGUAAACUGAACUCCAAAUAACAGAGACGUGGAAGCAUCGCCUGCAUCCUUUCUUUUGUCUUUGUUGCAUCUCUGCCUCUGUCUCUGGGAUGUAAGAAGACACUAAAGCAGUGUGGGGAUAUUUUUUUUUAUUUUUCAACUUUUCAUUGAGGAAUUAACUUUUUUUUUCCACCCCGGGGAGUAAAAAAAAAAAAAAACUAUGGCGAGAUUUUGGUUGAACAUGCGUCUUGUUCUGGUUUUAUUCGGAUUAUUUUUGCUCUCAUCUCCAUCUGCAAGAGCCGAGCCGGAGCUGCAAGACGAGGAGGAGGAGGAGAGCUCCUGUCAGGGGGCUUUUGACCUAUAUUUUGUGCUUGACAAGUCUGGAAGUGUGAAGAACCACUGGGAUGAAAUCUACUAUUUUGUGGAGAAUUUAGCUGAGAAAUUCAAAAGUCCCAUGCUGAGGAUGUCCUUCAUAACAUUCUCCUCCAGAGCGUCCACCAUCAUGAAACUGACAGAAAACAGAGUGGACAUCAGAAAAGGGCUGAACGCUCUGAAAAGAGAGAUUCCCGGUGGAGACACAUUCAUGCACCUUGGAUUGCAGAGGGCCAACGAGCAGAUACACCAGGAGAACUUUGGUACGGCCAGUGUGAUUAUCGCACUGACAGACGGAGAGCUGCAGGAACACCAGCUGAUCACUGCACAAGAAGAGGCAGAGAAAGCCAGGUCUCUUGGAGCUAUUGUGUACUGUGUUGGUGUCAAAGACUUCAACGAGACACAGCUGGCCACCAUCGCUGACACCAUCGAGCAUGUGUUUCCUGUGUUGGGCGGCUUCCACGCCCUCCGGGGAGUCAUUGAUUCGAUCAUCAAGAAAUCCUGCAUUGAGAUUUUGGCAGCUGAACCCUCCAGUGUGUGUGCAGGAGAGUCCUUCCAAGUGGUGGUGAGAGGAAACGGUUUUCUCCAUGCCAGAAACAUCAACCAGGUGCUCUGCAGCUUCAAAAUCAACGACACCAUAACAAUCAAUGAAAAGCCAGCCGGUGUAGAAAACACAUUCCUACUGUGUCCAGCUCCUGUCAUCGAUGAAGUUGGAAAGGUGAUUUACCUCCAAGUGAGCAUGAACGACGGUCUGUCCUUCAUCAGCAGCAACGUGCACGUCACCACCACAGAGUGUUUUGAUGGCACCAUUCUCCUGAUCACCCUGCUGGUGUUGUUCCUCCUGCUGGCCCUGCUCUUCAUGUGGUGGUUCUGGCCUCUCUGCUGCACUGUGGUGAUCAAAGAACCACCUCCUCCACCUCCUCCUGAGCCUGAGUCAGAUGAUGAAGACGGCCUGCCCAAGAAGAAGUGGCCCACUGUGGAUGCCUCAUAUUACGGAGGAAGAGGAAUCGGAGGGAUCAAGAGGAUGGAGGUUCGUUGGGGAGGAAAGGGCUCGACCGAGGAGGGGGCCAAGCUGGAGAAACCGAAGAACGCUGUGGUGAAAAUGCCAGAGCAGGAGUACGAGCCCUUCGAACCCAAACCUAAGAAAGCUCACAACAAGAAGGCGCCUCAGAACCGGAAGUGGUACACGCCCAUUCGGGGUAAACUGGAUGCUAUCUGGGCUCUGUUUCGCCGCGGGUACGACCAAGUCUCUCUGAUGAGACCCCAGCCUGGAGAUCAUGGUCGAUGCAUCAACUUCACAAGGGUGAAAGAGGAGUCAGCGGCAGCCAAGGCCCAACCCCGCACCCCGAUCCACACGCCCUCGGCCCCUCCAGCGGACUACCGCCCCGUGACCCGCACCGCCUCCUCAUCUCCCCCUCCUAGCAGCCCUCCUGCCAGAUCACCCCCGACGAGCCAGGUUCUCCCAGGACCACCACCAGCACGCACACCCCCUGGGCUUCCCUGUCCACCGCCAUCGCGUCCCCCACCAACCCUUCGACCCUGAACCACACAGACAAACCCCCUCCCGCCUCCCUCCACCCCACCCAAACGCACCCGCUUUGAUAUCACAGACUUACCGCUCUGUUGACCAGUUCUUUCACUUUGUGAAGGUUGUGGUCAUCGCUGCCAAAGAUACUCCUGCUAUAAGCCAAAGAUCAGCAGUAUUUUGAAUCCCAGGCAUCCUGUGAUCCUCUUAUUGUACGGGAAAGAGUGUCAAGUCAAUCUUCAGUUGUUUCAAACAUGAUAAAUUGUGGCAGAAAACAGGGAAACUAAAAUUUUACAGUCACCUCAAUGCUCUCCAAAAUCGACAGGUCAUUUUCCACAGGGCACGAGUACAUUCUGAUGAUAUUUUACAGUUUGACUUGACGUUCUCUCCCAUACUGUGGAGGAACGGGGGGUGAUUCUGGGAAAUAUUUUACUUUAGUGUCGGCGCGUGUGAGAUCAGGGAGGAUUGUUGCUGGACAGCAAAGCAUGUAGGGACAGGAAGUCCACAGAAGAAUACUGCAAUGGAUGAAAUUUCUUUGUUGUCUUUAUCAACUACUGAGUUAGGCCAUUGUUGUCAAGAGUUAAAGGUGAAAAGUAGGUUGUACAUGAAAAUCUGAGCAGUAAAUAAAUUGGUUUAUUUACUCCAUUGCUGUGAUGCUGAAAUUUGAUUUGAUUGGUCAUGAGGUUAAUGCUGUUGAGCAACUAAGAUACGACAUAUCUCACUGGCUAAAACGUGAUUUUUAAUUAUUUUUUUUAUAUUGUUACUUGUUCUAAGUGCCAAAGUGAUUUUUUUUUACUCACCUUUUAUAAUGUUUCUUUUAUCCCACAACAUGCUAACCCAAAUUCCAGCCCUUUACUCCAGAUCAAUCAAUCCUUACAUGAUUUUGUGGUCCAGUUUUUAUACCAGUGACAGGGAAGUGUACAGAUGUUAUGUGGAAGGUAUGUUUAUACAAUAUGUUGUUUGAGAUGCGUUUUUUUGAAUGUUAACGUUGGUCGAUAUCUUUGAGGCUUUGGAUUUUGUCCUUAACCACCUUUUCAUGUAGUUGAAUUUAAAAUACAGCAAUAUAUAUUUUUGUUUUUUGUUUCGUAUCUGCGCACAUAGACAUGGUGUUGGGCAACUACACAGUACGUAUUUGUUUUUGUUAGCAUUUGGAAAAUUGAGCAACCAGAAAUCAGGUUAACUCUCCUCACUUUUUUUUUUUACACACAAUCCUGAUACUGUACUUUGAUACCAAUAUGUGUUUUUUUUUUUUUUUUUUAUGUCUUCAGUUUUAUCAUCACCGGUCACAUUGCAACUGCAGGGCAGUUCAAAGAGCAUCUAAUUUAUUUUACUCCCCGAGAGAAAUAGAGGAGAGUACUUGAAUGAAUAUUGACAAGGUGUCCAACCACCAAGACGGACACUGUGCGCAGAAUUUAGACACACAACAGCUAGCCAGUUAAAAGUCAUAUAAGAGUGUACCAGCGUUUCUCAACCCCUCAGCUACACUGAAACUUUGAAAUAUGAAAGUGAUCCAGCUACAUACAUGCUCGGUAAAUAAAAAGAAUAAUACAUUGCAUGAAUAUUGGUGCGCAUUAUAAGAUAACAUAAGAUAAGACAGGCUUUAAUGAUCCCACACUGAAGGAGCUGCUCCAUAGUUCCUCGAUAGCAUGUGUAAAAAUGUCACUAUAUGCUAGAUUUGACAAAAAAUUGAGAGCAUCUCCAAAAAGAUUUUGACUUCCAGGUGUAGAAAAGAGGUUUUAAAACGCUGGUAUUCCUUUUAUAUCCAGUGCCUUCUGGAAUUUUCUUCUUGUUUUUUUUUUUAUACUUUCAUUUUGAUGUACGUCGUUCAGUUAUGUCGUGUACCGUUGUGUUACUACAUGUAGUUAUAAUCCUGUCACUGUCUUAAAGCUGAGCUAAUAGAAAAUAUGUUGACUUAUGAAUGACAGUACAGCUCAAUUGAGUAGAACAAACAUUACUGACAAGGUGCUACGUGUUCAUCAAAUUAAGUUUGAUGCAUUGGUAUAGUUACCAUAAACAAGCCCAAGUUUUGCUCAGUUUGACUACAUUUCCCAUGAGCUUUGUGGCUUCUGAUUGGGGGAAAAAAGUCCUUGUUAUUCUUAUCCUCAUCCCUGAACAUGAUGAACAUUUCAAACCAGCAUCUCUGCAGCUCCAUCUGCUCUGGAGGAACAGCAGCACCCUCUUCGUGUUUUGUGCAUAAUGUAGAGUAGAGGCUGGUGAAGCUCUGUCUAGUGUUUGUGGUAAUUAUACUAAUUAUACUAAUAUGACAGAUCUCAUUUAUAUGGCAUCACCUAUCAGCUAGUUAAACACGUUGCACCUUUCACACAGGCAACAAACCUGUUUGUUCAGCAGUAAGACCACCAGGAAAUAUAUAUUGUAAGUCAACUGUUUACAAACUCCCCAACCCAGCAACACAAUUAUUAUUGUAUUAUUGUAAUUUGCCGCAGUUUCCUCGUUUCUACAGUAUCUCUCUGUCUGCUCUGUCAGAACGGACACAUGUGGCUGGUAGAUGUUCCACUUACUACUGCAUAAAACUGCUGAACCUCUGCGGUUUCGAAGACGUAUUGUUUUUAGGGAGGUCUGGGGUUUGUUUUUGCGAUUUCACUUCUUCACCUCUGUAAGACCCAAGAAAGAAUUUCAGAAUAAAAGCAGCAUUGAAGCAGGAUCUGUGUUUGAGAGGGAACUUCUGCAGCGGCUGUCAGAGCUCAGUGUCACUCCUAAAGGGAGAGAUGAGAUACAUUAUGUUAAUCAGUGUUCUUUUUUACACGUAUAAACAGCAGUACUGAAGCAAAUAUGAAAGACGUAUAUGAUUUUCUCUUGUUGGUUGACAUGACUUUUUUUUAAAAACAGUAUCAAUAAAGGUUGACUUCCAAGCUUC